GACUAAUUUACCAUUAUUAAAAUCAUACUUGAAAACUCGAGCUCACUUGGAUAAUAAAAUGAAAUGGUAGAUCAAAUCAAAUUCUAAAAACCAUUAUUGAAUUACUUAGUGAAAAACUAGAAGAUAAUCUUAAUCUGGGAAAAAGAAAAACGAGCUGCUUCAUUCCAACAUCAUCGAGCUUCCCAUUCUCCCCCUUCUUUCAUAUCCCUUUCUCUCUCACCUCCAUCUUGAUUCCCAUCAAUCCACUUUCCACUUUGUUUCAUUAUUCAAGUUUUUGCUUCUUGGAUCUUCUUUUACAAGCUUGAAGGUUGAAGCUAUAUUUGGGAAUUACUUCUUUAAAAAUUAGGGUUAGGGUUACGUUUAGGGUUUAGUUUCUCAUUCUCUUUGUAUCUUUUGUUCCUUUUCGUUUUAGAUUGCAAAUUGCAAUUUGAUUAUUGUAACAUUGUUUUUGUUUUCAAUUUCUUAAUAUAUAAGGAAUAUUUGACAUUGUAUUAUAAUAAUGAAGAAGGUUGUUUAUACUUCAAAUUAGGGGUAGGGUUAGGGGUUUUGAUAUCUCAGUUAAUUUCUUGUUUCUUAUCAUUUUUGUAAAUGGAGAUGGAGAGUUCACGUAGACCACCAUUUGAUAGAUCGAGAGAUUUGAUUGCCAAAAAGGCACGAUUAACAGAAGACUCAACGACUCCCAAUAGCAGACAAUUCCAACAACCAUUGCAACAACAGCGAUCGGUGAUUGGUUCAGGCUCAGGAGCUACUCGAUAUCGGACAAAUAAUAAUGAAAAACAUAGAGGUUCCGAAGAUUCUAGUUGCGGCUCUUUAGAGCAAUUUCAGCAGCAUCAGGAACUGGUUAAUCGAUAUAAGACAGCUUUGGCUGAAUUGACAUUCAAUUCAAAGCCUAUCAUUACGAAUUUGACGAUUAUUGCAGGCGAGAAUUUGCAGGCUGCAAAAGCCAUUGCGGACACCAUAUGUGCUAACAUUAUUGAGGUUCCUAGUGACCAGAAACUGCCCUCACUUUAUCUACUGGAUAGCAUUGUGAAGAAUAUUGGUAGAGAUUACAUCAAGUAUUUUGCAGCAAGAUUACCUGAGGUGUUUUGCAAGGCAUAUAGGCUAGUAGAUCUAUCAGUCCAUUCUGGUAUGCGACAUCUUUUUGGGACCUGGAAAGGUGUUUUCCCUCCUCAGCCACUGCAGAUCGUUGAGAAAGAACUUGGAUUUCCAACAGCUACCACUGGCCAAUUGUCUGGAACUACCGUGUCCAAGUCUGAUUCACAGUAUCAGCGUCAGUCACAUAGUAUUCAUGUGAAUCCUAGAUAUCUGGAAGCAAGACAGCGUCUUCAGCAGUCUAGUAAGGUGAAGAUUACAGAUAUUGGGCUCACAGAUGUUGGGUCAUCCGAAGAUGUGGAGAGGCCAGAGAGAAUUGUUGGUUUUGGACACGAAGGGUCAUGGAUGGAUCCUUCAAUGAAGUUGCAUAAUAUUCGUCCUCAAAGAGAACCAGUGAGAGAAGCCAGUCUUCAGAAACAGGGUGGUGGAGCAUAUGGUGAUUAUGAUUUUGCACCUGGGCUUUCAAGACCUGUAAUUACAUCUAGUGCUAAACCUAUGGAGAGGAUUGUUGGACAGAAAUGGCUUCGUGAUGGCAAAGAGGGGGGAGAGUCAAUUUCUGGCCAAAAGAAUGUAUACGAUAGUAAACAUGGGAUUCCUGACGAUGUAGCUGUCAGACCAGCAAGUAAUAUUCUUUAUGUGCAGAAUGAUCCAAACACUGCUGCUGAGAUGUCUAGGAACUGGAAAAAUUCUGAACAAGAGGAGUACCUGUGGGAUGAUUUGGGAACCAAGCCUAUGGAUCCUGGUACUACAGCUACGAUAAAGAAAAAAAAUUUGUUCGAUGAUCCAGAGAGAGUGGAGCUAAGUAGCCACCUUUCUAAAUGGCAAAACCAGACUGAGGUCAGGUCCAACUUUGAGAGAGAACAUUCGGCUGAGAGGCUUUCCUCUGAACAGAAAGAACAACUGCCAUAUGGAUUUUCGAGGUCUUCUCAUCCAUCUCCUGUCGGUGUCUCUAGUUUUGGUUUCCCUACAACUUCUGUUUCAGCGUCUACUGGGCGUCAUCCAUCUCCAGGGCAAUCUGUUUCAAACCAGCGUGUUCCUUCCUCUUCAUUCUCUAAAAGAGAUCCUCGUCAACUUCUUGUUGAGAAAGAACACGUGAGAUCUCAUCCCUUGCUUCGAUCUGAUCACAGGAUAGCUUCAUUAUCUGGGCCAUCAAGUGCAGGGGUUCGUGAUAAAUGUUUUCAGGAUACUAUGCCUACUAAACAUCAAAGUCUUAAUGUGCCGAAACCACAAGGACAGGCUUUGCAGAAACCACCUUCGCCUACAAGUUCGUUUCCGCAAAAGCAUAUAUCGCCAUCUGAGCAGCACUCCAGUUCAGAGACUGAGCUUUUGGGUGUUGGCCAGAAAGCUCAGAAGCUGGUUGGUUCCUUUUUAAAGAGAGGUGCCUCAUCAGAUAACCAAAAUCACAUUGAUGGUAAUAUACAAGGCCAGUUGAAUGUGAGUACUUUAUUGGCUGCUGUUAUGAAAAGUGGGCUUCUUGCUGGUAAUUCUAAUUCCAGACAAGCUGGGGUUCAAUCUUCUUCAUCUGCUUCUUUCAUUUCAUCAGGUCCAUGUGGUUCAAUUGCUAAUGUCUCUCAAAGUAAACCAGAAAAGCCUCCUCUGGCGUCUGCAGUCUCUUCACCUCCUGCGAGCAAUACAUCAGCACCAUCUUUGAAUGCUGAGGCUGCCAAGUCCAACCCACUUUCAAUUUUGGGUACAUUGUUAUCAAAGGGGUUGAUUACUGCACCAAAAGCUGUAGCAACUGCUGCUGUUUCUGUGAAAUCCGAGGACCAGCUUCCAGAGCAAAGCCAUGCUGUUGAACUAGUAUCUGCCGUUACAGAUUUAACUUCCAAACUCUCUGAUUCUCUACCUGAAUCCUUUAGCAAGAAGGCUUCUUCCUUGGAUUUUAAAGGGAAGACAUUGGAUACAAUUAAAAGCGCAAAAGAAGAGGAUGGAGAUCUCAUAGGACUCGAGUUUAAGCCGUGUGUAUUACGAGAUCUGCAUCCUGACGUGAUUGAUAGACUCUCUGACAAGCUGCCGUAUACUUGUGCUGAGUGUGGUCUUCAUUUCAAACUGCAAGAAAGGCUAGCCAGACAUUCAGAGUGGCAUGCUUUGAAAAAUUCGAUGCGUAAUUGCUUGAAUAAGCCAACCAGGAGAUGGUAUUCAAAAUCUUGUGAUUGGAUUUCGGGGAAGGUUGGAUUUCCUUUUGGUUAUAACUCAACUUGUCUCAUGGAUGGACCCAUCCGGACGAGAGAAGAGAAUGAGAAAAUAGUUCCUGCAGAUGAAAGUCAAUGUGUAUGUCUUUUAUGUGGUGAGCUUUUGGAAGAUUUUUACUGUCAAGAGAGGGAACAGUGGAUGUUCAAAGGAGCGGCUUACUUUUCUACUAUGUCAGAAAGUAACGGAGAAGGAUCUUGCAAUGAUGACGGUUCACACAAGUUGAUUGUUCAUGCCAACUGUAUGUCAGGUGACUCAGGUCAUGACUUGAGCCUUAUUAAGGGCAGUAAAGUGGUAAAUUUUUAUCUCUAGAAUGUUUAACAUAGAUUUCUUUAUUGUUGAUUUCUGCCUCGUUAGUUAAGUAUGAUUUAUUGCUUUGAUUUAUUCUCUCAAAGGGCUUGCUUACUAGGUUGAUAUAUUUUUUUCUGCGUUUAUCUAGUUCUAUUGUUUUGCUGCCUCUGUUUGCAUUAUUGUCUAUAGGAGAAAUGGUUUAACUGCAAGCUUCUAUUUGUUGGUUUUCAGGAGCAAUCAGUAAACUGUCAUCGAAUUGGUUAGGCUUAUGUUUGUUGAUUAUUUACAGUCUCUUCUGCCCUAAUCGGAUUAUCUGUGAUCUGUAUGCUACAGGAUAAGUGUACAUGAUUUUGUAAAGCAACCGGUACUAACCACUGAUGGUAGCAGUGGACCAAGGAAGAGGGUUGCGAUCAUUGUUUUUGAAAGCUGGUGCUAAAGGUACAGUCAACCUUCUUUAUGGCUCAGGUCAAUGUAUCUUCUUUCUCUAUCAUUACAGAGAAAUCUAGGUGAUGUAAUGUAGGAUUUGUUAGAGCUUCAGCCGUCUUGCCAGUUGCCCUUGCACACUUAUUUUUAUUUUCAAUGAUAGUAAUGUGGGAAGAUGAGUUGCAUUUUAUCCACUUGGAUUGAGUUGUGUUGUUUCCAUGGAUAUUUCGGCACAGUUGAAGUGAAUUUGCUACCUUCAUCACCGCCAGCACACACAGUCCAGCACUUGUAAAGCUAUUUGAAAGUUGCUCAUUUGAACUUUUUA